UUUUUAUAUUGAACAACAACACCUUUAAUGAUUAUGAUUUUAUAAUGAUGAAUUUAUACAAAUUUUUGUGGACUGAAUUGUUCGGAUGAUGAUGUGUGGAUAAUAGGUAUAUUGGCUUGUUUCUGUUCCUAAUGAACCUUCCGAAGAUGCUUCUGGAACCUUUAGAAGAAUCAAGAAUAGUCUGCAGCAUCAACAAAACGCUUGUGAAUGCGUUGAAAUUAAACUCCCAAGAUUGAAGGUCGGAACAGUUGAUCAAUUGUUGCAACUCAGUGAUGAUUUCAACAAGUAUGACAGCAGCUGUGAACAAGUUACCAUGAAAGCCUUAAAGACUUUGGCUGAUACUAGUGAACUCACUGAAACUAGUGAUUUUGUUCCACAAAUUAUCUUGAAGGAAGAUACUUUUGUCCCAGUCCAAACCUAUCUUGACUUUUUCCAAUGGGAUGACUCUCAAUACCUUGUUACCAAGCCAAUUAGAGAUAUUGCCGAUAACAUUCACAAAAAGACUGCCAAACUUGACGAAGAACUUCGUUUCAAGAUUUCUGAAUAUACCAACUUGAAGCAAAACGUUCAACAACUUGAAAGAAAGAUAUCUGGUAACCUUACUGUUCGUAGUCUUGAUGGUAUCAUUCAAAAGGAUCAUGUUUUAGAUACUGAAUAUUUGCAAACAAUCUUUGUUGUUAUUCCAAAAUCUUUGCAAAAGGAUUGGGAAACUACUUACACUGAAUUGACCGAUUUUGUUGUUCCAGAUUCUGCUGAACUUAUUUAUGAAGACAAUGACUCUGCUUUGUACAAUGUUGUUGUUUUGAAGAAGAUUGCAGAUGAUUUUAAGAGUAAUUGUUUAAAGAAGAAGUAUGUCGUUAGAGAAUUUAGUUAUGAUAAGGAAAAGGCUGAAUUGUCUAAAUUGCAAAAGGAAGAAAUGAUUGAAAAACUCGAUAGAACAAAGCAUGAAUUGAUUGAUUGGUGUAACAUGGCUUUCUCUGAAUGUUUUACUGCUUGGAUUCACUUGAAGGUUAUUCGUGUUUAUGUUGAAUCAAUUUUACGUUAUGGUUUACCACCAAAUUAUACAGUAACCUUGUUGAAGAUUAAGAAGAAUGAAAAGAAGGUUCACAAAUACUUCCGUGACAACUAUGGACAUUUGGAAGAUCAAUCAUAUUCUCAAGACAUUGAUACUUCAUCUUUGGGUUCUGCUGCCAUGAUGUUGAGUACUUAUGGUAUGGAAUGGGCUCCUUAUGUCUUAAUUACUGUCAAUACCUCCAAUCCUUUCCUCAAAUUAGAAUAAAUAUUACUGUAAUCUUAUAUUCUCUC